ACCCGUCGCUGCGCCUCUCCCGGGCCGACCGCGCGGCGGGCGGCGGGCUCCGCGGCCCCCUGCCGCCGGCCUCGCCGGCCGGGCACCCGGGCGCCCUGGGCGAGAGGCCGCGCGCCCCCGCUGGGCCGUUCCCGCGCUGGGCAGCUUCCUGGCAGAGGGCACGGCCCUCGCCGAGAGGUACUACAGCGACGGCUGCCAGCGGCUGCGGGGCGCCGAGAGCUUCCACCGCUGGCAGGGCACGGUCGGCCCCUCCUUCCGCACGGCCAACCUGGCGUUCAGGUUCGGUGUCCGCACCAGCAGGAUCGCCCCAGAGUUGGUGCGGCGCGGCGCAGGCGAGGUGACGCCGGUGGUGGUCGUGGCCAACCAGAAGGCGGGGACCACCACCUGGCACAAACAGGGCAAUUGGGUGGCGGUCAUGCUGCGCGCGAGCAGCGAGGAGCUGACCUGCCUCUACUACCGGAACGGCAAGUACCGGGUCCCGGACCAGAGCGGCAACAGGGGCUGCAGCCGCUGGUGGUUUACCGCCCGCGGGCGGGCCGGCAGUGCCCCGUCGCAGCUCCUCGUGGAGCCCUCCGCCCUGGUCAUGACCUUCGUCCACGACCCGGUGCACGUGUUCUGGGCAGGCGUCAAGGAGACCAUCUGCAGCCUGCUGCAGCCGGGCCGGGCGGGCAAGCUCGGCCCCGCCCGUGAGGAGGUCACGCCCGGCGUGUUCUGGAGGCGCUUCGCGGGGCGGCCCGCGUCCGUCACGGUGGACUCGCUGCGUGCGCUCCUCUCCGACCUCGGCCAGGGGCUCUUCGUGGACGACAUGGCCUUCCACGUCUGGCCGCAGGCCGCCAAGAUCGACGUGGACCUCGGAGGAGCCCCUUCCAGGCCCGAACUCGUACAGGUUCAUCGGGAAGCUGGGCAACCUCUCCCGCUUCCUGGCGAGCGCCUUCGAGGCCCUUCGAGGGAGGAGCAUCUGCACAGCCACACCUACUCUCGGAGUCGUUUGUUGUUCUUCGUCCGAGGCCCCGGGGGCAUCCCGAAAGCAGACCGGCUGGUACCCCGGGUGCAAGUCCCAGAUCGACCGCGCGAUCGGCCAGCUGACGGGAAACGACACGAGGCGGGUGUGCGAUCUCGUGGCUGCGGACUUUGCAUGCUUCGACUUCGCCCCGCCACCUGA